CCCACAGUGCGGAAGCAGAAAGGGAGAUUCCUGGUGCAGGUUAGCCUAGCUCUGUCGUUUUGACAGCUAGCUACGUUAGAAGGAUGUCAGAACUAACGCUGGAAAUUAUUUGAUCAGAUUUGAAUAGAAAUACAACCUAGAAGUGGUGUCAGUUAAGGAAAUACGCUUGGUCUGUCACAAUCAACCAGAGCUAGCUAACUAACGUUAGCCUGAUUAACGCCAACUAGCUACGUAAACAGAGCUAACGUUAGCAGAGAAAAGCAGCAUGGUGCAGCCUCAGACAGACACGUGGGAGAUGGUGGGGGACGAGGGAGGCGGGGCUCUCCGGGUUCCACUUGAGCUGGCAGCCAAUGAGGUGGUGACCAGACUACUGGGAGACAACCAGCAGCUCCGAGAGGCGUUGCGGCGCAGCAACCAGGCCCUGCGUGAGCGCUGUGAGGAGAUGGAGGGAUGGCAGCGGAGGUCUAGAGAAGAGAGGGAGUUCCUCAGCUGUCGUUUCCAGGAGGCCCGGGCUCUAGUGGAGAGACUGGCCAGGGAGAACCACAGCCUCACCAGCCUGGCCAGCCCCUCCAACCCUGGAGCUGACCAAGGCCUGCUGGUCAACGGCCCCAGUUUCAGCCAGGGCUCCUGCCCCAACUCCACCAACUGCAGCUCCAAUGGGGGUCCUGGGAGGGGAGGGGAGCAGGAGAAGAGCUCAGAGACCAACGGACCCAUGGCAUCCUCACUGGUGACAGACAGACGGAUGGAGAAGAGAGCAGAGGAAAAUGAACAGAUGAUGCUACGCAGCUUGAGUUGUGGUGUUACCGAGGAAACGGUUCAGCAUUCCGAUGCCCCGCCCCCAUCUGAAAGCUCCCACCUGGCCAAACUCACAGAGCAGCUACAAGCCACGCAGUGCAGGUACAGAGAGCUGCAGGAGAAGUUAGAUUCACUCCAGAAGAGUUCAGCUCAGAGAGACAGAACUGAAGUGCUGCUUAAACAGAAGGACAAGGACUGUGCCCAGCUGGCUAAGGAUGGCGAGGCGCUGAAGGCCCAGGUGACGUCUCUUCUGGGUGAGCUGAGAGAGAGACAGAGCUGUCUGGACCAGAGCCAGCAGGACCACAACAUACUGAAUGACAAGCUGAGCAGUGCUCUGGGGGCGUUGGCAGCAUCAGAGAGAGAGCUGGAACAACAGAGGAAGCAGCACUCUGUGACGGUAGACAAACUACUGCUGCAGACACAGAACCUAGAGACCGCCCUGAAGACUGACCGACUGGUUAUUACUGAAGAGAGGAAGAAACUAGCUCAGCUGCAGCAUGCCUACACCUGCCUGUUUAAGGACUACGACUCCAAACUCAAGACUGAGGGAGGAGACAUGUGUGGUCGUGUGGAGGAGGCAGAGAGAGCGUUGGCUCUGAAACAGGACCUGAUUGACAAGCUGAAGGAAGAGGUGGAGCAACAGAGAGGAUCUCUAGAGACCGUUCCUGUUCUCACCGCCCAGGCUGAGAUCUACAAGGCAGACUUCCUAGCGGAGCGGGAGGCCAGAGAGAAGUUGCACCAGAAGAAGGAGGAGCUUCAGGACCAGCUGAACAGAGCACUGGCUGAGAUGGAGCGUCUGAAACAGGAAGGGACCUCACGGGCUCGUAUGGAGCAGAUGCAGCAGAGACACCUGGAGGACUUCAUACCACGACCAGGAGGUGCCUUUAACACGGCCCCUCCCCCUUCCUCCUUCCGCAGCGUGGGAUUGGCUGCAGGAGUGGCAGGGGGUGUCUCUGGUGGCGGGGCUGAGGAGCUCCCUGACUUCCGCUGUCCAAAGUGCCAGUACCAAGCCCCGGACAUGGACACACUGCAGAUCCACGUCAUGGACUGUAUCCAGUAACACACUGCAGAUCCACGUCAUGGACUGUAUCCAGUAACACACUGCAGAUCCACGUCAUGGACUGUAUCCAGUAACACACUGCAGAUGCAUGUAAAUGCACAAACACACAGUCACACACCCUAGUGAUACACGGGUCAGCUGUUUGUUCACCCGCCUGCAGUUACUAAUAACCCAUCCUCAACCGCCCGACUAUAUGUGAUAAAGUGAAAAUCUGAGGCCGUUACCCGCUAAUAUAGAGAAUGCGCUGUAGGCUACAGUCCAAGAUUGCGGAACGAUUUUUUUGACAGGCCUGUGUUUCUACUUAUUACCAACAUUUUGGUCGGCUAUUUGUUAGUCAACUUGUCCAUAAUUAGAUACAUAUAACUUAUCUUCUGUCAUUAUGUUGCCCCAGAAGACUAAAUGACCCUUUGCUCACCAGAAUGAUGUCAUAAACCAACAGAAUGAAUGAUUCUGUCUAGUUGACGUCAGGAAACUUUGUUUCCUCUCUGCUUCUGUCGUUUAGGGACCGGGGAGAAAAUGCAAAAAUCUUUUAAAAAAUAACGAUUUGCGGGCUGCAGUUGCACACUAUUGAGUUUGAUGAGCACAAUGUAAUUCACCAACUGCAGACCCCCAAACCAUUCGUUAUGGAGUUCGUUGAGCAGAGGCUGUGUAUGUUUUGGUUCUAGAAAGCUGUGUCCAGCAUAACAUUCAAUAAUAAUUUCAUUGCGUUGAUUCAGUAUUUUUCUUCUCUAUGCUCAUUAUCUAUUUCCCAUAUGACAUUUACAUUUUAGUCACUUAGCAGACGCUCUUAUCCAGAGCGAUUUACAGGAGCAAUUAGGGUU